AUGCUAAACGAUCUAUCUCAGUCUGUUCCUAUCUAUCUAUCUAUCUAUCUAUCUAUCUAUCUAUCUAUCUAUCUGUUCCCAAUCUGUCUAUUUAUCUGUCUGUUCCCAUCUAUCUAUCUAUCUAUCUAUCUAUCUAUCUAUCUAUCUAUCUAUCUAUCUAUCUAUGUUAUUCUGUUUCUAUCUAUCUAUCUAUCUAUCUAUCUAUCUAUCUAUCUAUCUAUCUAUCUAUCCCAGUCUGUUCCUAUCUAUCUAUCUAUCUAUCUAUCUAUCUAUCUAUCUAUCUAUCUAUCUAUCUAUCUAUCUAUCUAUCCCAUCUGUUCCUAUCUAUCUAUUUAUCCCAGUCUAUCCUAUCUAUCUAUCUAUCUAUCUAUCUAUCUAUCUAUCUAUCUAUCUAUCUAUAUAUAUAUAUACAAGGUCUCUGCUCAUCUGUUUGUCUUUCUUUUUUUUUGUUUGACGAAACCGGAAUUUGUUUAUUUAUUUAGGGAAUCGCAAAAUUCGUCUAGAUUUCGCUUCGUUUCUUUUCAAAUAAAACUCUUCUUUUUCUUCUUCAUUUACAUUUCAAUAAACCACCUUUCUUUCUUCCCUGACUUUCUAUAUUUUCCUUCUUUCUUUCCUUCUUUCUUUGCUUCUCUCUCUCUUUCUUUCUUUAUUCAUUUCUUUGUCUCCUUCUUUCCUCUUUCUUUCUUUCUUUCUUUCUUUCUUUCUUUCUUUCUUUCUUUCUUUCUUUCUUAUAUUUUCUUUCUUUCUUUCUUUCUUUCUUUCUAUUUCUUUCUUUUUUCUUUCUUUCUUUCUCUCUUUCUUUCUUUCUUUCUUUCUUUCUUUCUCAUAUUUUCUUUUUUUGUAUCUUCCUAUAUUUUCUUUGUCUCUUUCUUUUUUUGUUUCUUUUUUUGUUUCUUUCUAUAUUUGUUUGUUUGUUUAUUUUUUGUGUUUCUUCCUAUAUUUUCUUUCUUUCUUUCUUUCUUUCUUUCUUUCUUUCUUUCUUUCUUUCUUUCUUUCUUAAAUUAG